AUGGCAACUGCAGCUCCAAACCAAGAAGACACCACCCGGAGCAGUGGGAAUGGCGGUGGCAGUCCAGGUGGUUCUCUCGCCGGGGAUGGGGACACUGAAGAGGCCGAGGACUUUACCUCAUCCUCCCAUUGCUCGGAGCUGUCUCACCGGCAGAACGAACAGCGCAAGCAAGGGCUUUUCUGCGACGUGACACUUGCCUUUAGUAGUGGGGCGGCAACUGGGAAUGUCCGAAGCUGUGAAUUCUCAGCUCACCGGUCAGUGCUGGCCGCAGCAACCGACUACUUCACCCCGUUGCUUAGUGGCCAGUUCUCAGAGUCCCUGUCCCGUCGUGUAGAGAUGAAAGAAUGGAGUUCGGAGACUGGGCCGGAUCCAGAGACGGUGGAAAGCGUAAUUCAGUACAUGUACACGGGGCAGAUACGGGUCAGCACCUGCAAUGUGCACGAAGUGCUGGAGCUGGCCGACAGGUUCUUGCUGGUGCAGCUGAAGGAGUUCUGUGGGGACUUCCUGAAGAAGAAACUGAGCUUGGCCAACUGUGUGGCCGUACACAGCCUGGCUCACAUGUACACGCUUGACCAGCUCGCGCUGCGAGCCGCUGACAUGAUACGCCGCAAUUUCCACAAGGUCAUCCAGGACGAAGAGUUUUACACGCUUCCCUUCCACCUGGUCCGGGACUGGCUCUCUGACGCCGAGAUCACUGUGGAUUCGGAGGAGGUUCUUUUCGAGGCCGUGGUGAAGUGGGUGCAGAGAAACGAAGAGGAGCGCGGGAGGUAUUUCGAAGAGCUGUUCCGUCUCCUCAGGUUACCCCAGAUCAAGCCCACUUACUUGACCAGGGUGGUAAAGAACGAGCGUUUGGUGGCUGCCAGCGAAGCUUGUUUACGGUUGGUCUCCGAAGCAGUGGAAGGCCACGCCAUCCGGUUCGAGAACCUGCGGAAGUCAGCAGACCUGGAGCUUUGGUCUUCCUACGCUGCCUCCUUCCAGCCCCGCUUUGGCCAGAAUAUGGAUGUGAUCAUGGUGGUGGGAGGGGUUUCAGAAGGGGGCGACUACUUGAGUGAGUGUGUUGGCUACUUUGUGUAUGAGGACCGUUGGGUCAACUUACCGCACAUUCACAACCACCUGGAUGGUCACGCCAUAGCUGCCACUGAGUCACAUGUCUAUGUGGCUGGUUCCAUGGAGCCAGGAUUUGCUAAGACGGUAGAACGCUACAACCCCAACCGUAACACCUGGGAACAGGUGAGUAACCUGACCACACGGAAACAUUCCUUUGGCCUCACUUGCGUGAAGAAUAUCCUAUACAGCAUCGGUGGUCACGGCAACUUUAGCCCCGGCUUCAAGGACGUAAGCAUCUACGAACCUGACCAGGACAAGUGGUUGAACUUGGAGUCAGCACCCAAGAUCUUGCGCGAUGUCAAAGCCAUAAGCGUGGAGGACCGCUACGUGUACGUCACAGCUCGCACCCCCGUGGAUUCUGACAGUGAUGACGGGCUGAAGACGGUGACUACACGUUACGACACGGAGAGCCGACAAUGGCAGGAUGUGGACUCGCUCCCGCUCAUUGACAACUAUUGCCUGUUCCAGAUGGCUGUAGCCUCCACCAACUUCUAUCAUACAGCUUCCUGCUGUCCCAAGAGCUAUUCCAACGUGCGGGAUGAGGCAGCCAGGCAAAAGAUUGGCGGGCGUGUCUCCGAUGAGAUCCUGGAAAGCUUACCUCCUGAGGUCACUAGCGUCGAGGGGGCGGCCGUCUGCCACUUCCACGAUGACGUGUUUGUCAUUGGCGGCUGGAAGAACAGCGAUGACGUGGACAAGCAAUACCGAAAGGAAGCCUACCGUUACUGCGCCGAACGUAAACGUUGGAUGCUCCUGCCGCCCAUGCCGCAACCUCGCUGUCGCGCCACAGCGUGUCAUGUCCGCAUCCCUUACCGUUUCCUAUAUGGUUGUCAGCGUUACCCCAUGCCACAGAACCUAGCACGCCAGCGAGACCGCAUGCAACAGAUGCAGCAGCUACAUCGCCGUACGCUCACCCUGCGCAGACAGCUGCAGUCACAGAUUGAGUGCUAA